AUGUUUAUGGGGCCGGUUGUGGUUGUCAAGAGAAAGGGUCAUAGGGUUGCCUAUCAGGCAGACAGACAGGCAGGUUCCGUCUCUCUAGGUGGUCACGGAUUGCCCAAGUCAAAGACGACGACAAAUACCGUCAAGCAACACGGAGGGACCGGUCACAGCACGCGGCCCUUCGGAACACGCUUCUUUGGCUGUUUCUGUGCAGCAGGAAUGGAGCGGCGAGAGGCCGGAAUGACCCCUCCAUGGCUCGGGAAACGUCACCGUCGCGUUCUUUUUUCCUGGGGUCGUGGGGUCGGGUCCGUCGAAGACGAGUUGCGGGGUGAAGCUGGUGUUUUGCCUUAUAUUGACCGCAUCCUGUCAAAACAUAAGAAGUCAAUUCCUUCAUUUGGUCCAUCGCUGUUGCUUGCUAUGCUUGCUUUCUGUAGGCUGCCCGUUGUGUUCCAUCUUCCAUGCUCAAAGCACCUCAGUAAGUUGCCGGAUUUCGGUUUCACUCUGAGCCAUGCACGAAGAGCAAUGGGCGGAAUCCCCGUCAAUGCGGCCGGCCACCAAGAAGAUAGCACAGUUCCUGACUGCGUACUUAGCACUAUCUUGGAAACAGCAUUCCAGACUACCUGUAUUCCCCUUGGGAUCAAGCAGGAACUGCAUGUAGCAGCAAUAUGGAUCCAUGAUCCGACGGCAGGAGAAGGGGCUAGGAGGUGUUUGCCGUACUUGCAUACGGAUAUGUGUUCAUAUGAGUGUCUUCCUCCACCGCCGUCGGACAAUUUGAGCUUGCAUGUAAUCUAUCUCAUUCGCAUGGCAGGCCUGUCUGUGUGCAACACCUUCUUCCUUGUAUCCAUCUGCUUCCUGGCGAUUUCCAUCACCCAGAACAAGCAGGAAGGAGAACUCUUGAAAGGCAAACCUUGGUCAACCCAAGCUGGUCCACCCACGUCCACCACCGGAUCGACGACUGACGACUGCACCGGCAACCAACGCACCACCACCACCACCUCGACCUCCGCCGCCACUACCACAAUUACCGCCGUCGCCGUCGCCGCUUCCUCCUCACCACAGAGCCGCAACGAACGAAAUUUCAUGACACCCCAUCCUUUCUUUGAUUCCCUCAACAAAGCAUUCCCAAUCAUCUUCUUCCAGCCCGGUAUUUUCUUUAAUCCAUUCUACCAUCCUGUUCUCUGGCCCAUCCGCGGGUUUACAAAAAAAGAACAAGCCCAAAACGCGCCUUCCGCAUCCGAGCCAAGAUACCCACGAUCGCUUCCUCUGACGACUCACUCCUCACCCCGACAGUACCUUACAUCAUAUUACGCGAUUGGCAACCGAAAGAAGCCACGCCAUUGUAGCAGUAGCAGCCUACAAUAA